AUGGGGAAAGGCAAGAAACAUGUGUUGGAGCCGACUUUCAAUGGUACAGGAGACUAUUAUGAGAGUCACAGGUCCUUGGAGUCACCCUCAGAAAUGUCUUCUCCUCCUGGUAACUUUCUAUGGAAUCUCACCUGGACAAUGAAAGACUCCUUCCCUUUCCUUUCCCACCGCAGUCGAUAUGGUCUGGAGUGCAGCUUUGAUUUUCCCUGCGAGCUGGAAUACUCCCCUCCCCUCCACAACCAUGGGAACCAGAGCUGGUCCUGGCGCCGUGUGCCCUCUGAGGAGGCCGCGAGGUUGAACUUGCUGGAUGGGCCAGAGGCAGAGCAUUUGAAAGAGAUGCCCAGAGGCUCCUUCCUCCUCCUGAACACCUCUGCAGAUUCCAAGCAUACCAUUCUGAGCCCCUGGAUGAGGAGCAGUAGUGAGCACUGCACGCUGGCUGUCUCAGUGCACAGACAUCUACAACCUUCUGGGAGAUAUGUUGCCCAGCUCCUACCCCACAAUGAAGCGGGAAGAGAGAUUCUUCUGGUGCCUACCCCGGGGAAACAUGGGUGCUUCGGCAUCCACUAA